AAAAAAAGGUGUCGUUAACUUAGCGUUUUUCAGUUUUUCUGGUAAUUUGGAAUUUUCGUGACCUGUGCUGUGACUUUUGUGCCUGGAUGACCAACGAUCAAAUGUGGUCGGUAAUAAAAUUCCCAAAAGAAAACAAAGUGGCUGUAGUGCCAAGUACGUGGCUGUGUGGUAACAUAUGCUAUUGGCCACCUUUCAACCGAAAACGUGUUGAAGAAGCAAUCGAAAAAGGCGAAACUCCAAAUACCACAACGUGGCAGCAAUUUCAGUAUUCGCCUCUGCGGAACAAUACAUUUGAUACAUUUAAAGAAGCAGAAAGAAAAUCAAGGAAAGCCACGAUAACAUCGGAUUUAGACACCCAAACUGAAGAAGAGGACGAAGACUGCAAAGGAAAAAGGAAGAGGAGGACCCCAAAACCAUUGUAUAGUAGUGGCUGCAGUAGUGCGAGCGAAGAAGAAGAAGAAAUAAUUACAUUACCGAAACCACCUAACCCGAGCAGCUCAAAACCACAACAACUUCAAGACAUUACUAAUAAACAUAAUAUGAAGAUGUCUCAUCAAAAAAAGAAGUGCGGCGCAAUUAUGAGCAGUGUACCUGAUGUAGAUAGUGCCAAUGUUCCUGGUUCCUCUUAUUUGAGUUCUCAUCUUCACGAAGAUGGCAUAAUACGGUAUUCUCCAUCAAGCCGUGGCGGAACGCCGACUAGCACUUUACGUGCAGCGGACCAUGCUGAUGGACGUAGUAAUGAUGAGUAUCUGAGACACAUUUUACGUAAACAAAACAUUUUACAAGCUAUGUUAUCCGAUCUAAGUGCAAAAGUGGCAGAUAUUGAAAACAUGCUCAAGGAUAAUGCACAUAGGGCAGAAAAUGCAACACCUACUGAUAGUAUUUUUGUUAAACUACCACAUUUGCCAGUAAACUGUGACAAUGAUUUACAAGAAUUAGAAAAUCACUUAUCAGAUCAAAAUGAAUUUGCUCUAGCGGUCAAGGAAAUUUCUCAAUUGGGAGGGAACAAAACUUAUGAGUUUAUUUUUCGAGCUGCAAAACAACUGAUUACGGAUAGAUUUGCAGGAGCCGAAUUUAGUUUCCUAGGACGAAAACAAAAAAAAAAGUUUGCGGAUUUAAAAUUAGCUCUGUUAUUAAAACAAGCUGCAGUGAGAUUAUUCCAGAAGACUGAAAAAGAGGUUGAAAAUGAUAUUUCCAAGUGGCUGCGGAAGUGCACAGACCGAUCAAAAAAGCAAGAACUUAGAAAUUAACAUUUAUCAUUUACUACAUAUAUAUGUCAUACUCAUAAGAAUGUUAAAAAUAAAUUUACACUUUUAUUG